AUGCCCCAAAUGGGAGUACAGCUCAUCCCUGUUCGGGUGCCUGGGUUUUUACCCCAAGGAAGUGUGGGCCUUAUCCUGGGGCGAGGAUCGCUUACCUUACAGGGUCUUAUUGUCCACACUGGUAUUAUUAAUAACCAACAUACUUCUGAAAUUCAAGCAUUGUGCUCCAGUCCAAACGGAGUCUUUUCUAUUAGCAAAGGAGACAGAAUAGCUCAGCUACUACUCCUUCCGGGUGAAGCCCAUCAAAAACCAGGAGAUAGACAGAUGGGAUCCUCAGGUCAGGACUCGGCCUAUUUGGUUGUCAGUCUUCAGGACCGACCGAAACUAUCCCUCUGGGUUAAUGGCAAGCACUUUGAAGGGAUUCUGGACACUGGAGCGGACAAGAGCAUAAUUUCCUCCCACUGGUGGCCAAAAUCUUGGCCAAUCACUGAGGCAUCACAUUCACUACAAGGUUUAGGAUAUAAUGCUCACCCAACCAUUAGCUCCUCGGUCCUUAUCUGGAGAACCAUGGAGGGACAACAAGGACGGUUUACCCCGUAUGUGCUCCCCCUGCCGGUUAACCUAUGGGGAAGGGACGUUAUGCAAGACAUUGGAUUAACAUUGUCUAAUGAAUAUUCACCACAAGCUACUGAUAUAAUGAGAAAGAUGGAGUACGAAGCAGGAAAAGGGCUGGGUCGCCUAGGACAAGGACAGAUAGAGCCGGUAGCGCCCAACCCUAACCAAGAAAGACCCGGCCUGGAUUUUUCCUAGGCGCCACUGGGGCAGCACGACCUAUACCAUGGAAAACAGAGACUCCAGUGUGGGUUCCCCAGUGGCCACUGACCUCUGAAAA